UCGGAACAACAAGGCAACAUGUUACCGCAGGAAGAGUCGGAUGAAAAAGACGGGGAGAACGGAGGCAAUGUUGUAUCUAAAGUGUCGAAUUUCUUAGAUAGGCAUCUGUUUGUGCUCAGGAAUAUCAGCAUUGGAAUUGCCCUCACUGGAAUUUUUGUGAUUGCAAGAAGUGUAAGACUAACAACAAAAUUCUACAGUACUCUUGAUAUACCGAUAUCUUUUAUACAACAAAAUGUGAAACUUCGAGGAAAAGUUCAUCAUGUAACUGAUCAAGGACUAGCAGUGGAACAUCUUCCAAUUACCAUACCAUUUAUUUCAUCUAUUCUUAGGAAACGACAACAAGAUACACUUUUGACUGUUAAAUUAGCUGGUGUAGAGCUUACAGAAGAUGGAAAAGCUUGGUUAAAACAAAACUUGGCACCAGCACAAGUUGUGUGGUUUAGGCUUCUUGGGAAAGAAAAUUCAGCAGUUGACUGUCUAGUUUUGGCAAAUUUGGGAGGCAUUUUCAAUGUGUGCAUUAAUGAAGAACUACUAAGGCAAGGACUUGGUAGAACAGUACCUGUACAAGGUCUUCAUUUUCAGUCCAAACUCUUUUGGAAUAUACACAAAAAAUUACUUAAAGCUGAAUUACGAGCACAGAAAAGUGGAGUUGGUCUUUGGAAAAAAAUGAAUUUAAGAGAACAGAUAUUUACAAGAUUAAAUGGCUAUGCAAUAGUAAAAUUACUGAAAAAAACUUUAAAAUGGAAUCUUGAAGACAAAAGAAAAAGUAACACAUGAUUGUUGUGUAACAAUGUACUUUAUUGAAAGCUAUCCUUUUUUGUAAUUUAUUUACAUACAGUAUGUUAAUAUUUUUGGUCUGCUAUAGUCUGCAUGUAUUUAAAAAUAAGGCGAUGUUAAUAUUUUUCUGGACUUAGUUUGUUACAAUGUUGUGCUAAUAGCCUUUGAAGACCUAUGAUUCAUUAACUGUUGUUUUUUUGCCCUGGAUGUCACAAUGAUAUACUGUGAAAUUCUAAUUGUUCCUGCUGAGUAAGGGACACUGGUGUUUCUGUGGUAACAGCCAAUCAAAAAACUCUAGCAGAUCAAAAGACGAAACCUGAGACAUUGUCAAAUGCUGUAAGAUCGAGAAGGAGAGGGUGACAACAAAAUCCUGUGAUGCUUAACUUCAUACACAGUAGAAUUACUGGAUGAACAUUGAGGUUAUCAAAACUAAACUUUACUGGAAAAAAACUUUUUUUAAUAUUGUGAAGAAGCAUCUUUUCCUUCCUGUUAAGUAUUUAUAAAGAACACAUGGGACUAAACAUAAUGCUUUGUUUGGAGGUUUUUGUCUUAUAACUGGACUGUUCCCUUGAUUUUCAUAUCAUGUACUCAACUGAAAGUAUGUUUUUUUUAAUUUAUGAAAAUAGUCUACAAAAUGAUUAUAACUUUCACAACAUUUAGUAAAGACAAAACAUACUACCAACGUGUCACAUAAAGUUUAAGCAAUCUGCAUAUAAAAAAUGUAAAGCAGUGAACUUAUAUAAAAUAAAACCUGAAAUGACUUGUGUUUGGGGGUAACAAUAUUAAAAUAUUUCUGGUUGCAUUUUUAUAGUAGAAUCUGUAGUUUUUGAAAAGUGGAAGGCAAGCAGGGUCUUGAGAGCCGUCAUUGCACUGAGCUUUAGGGUGACGAGGGCACAGAGUGUGCCCUUGGUUUCUUCUGGGGAGAAUUGUGAAGCCGAAUACAAAAACAAUAAAAGGCUCCCUUUGUUGUGCAAAUUGCAUGACCAGUAGUGUGCUUGUUUCUUCCCAUUGGAUGAAGAUUUGAAUUGAAAGGUAAAUUAAAAGCUUAUUAUGGAGAGCAGAAGACUUUGAAGGAACAAGCAGUAGGCAGCUGGAAUAAGGAAAUGUUAAACUGAAAUCAUGGAGAAAUAAAAAGAUUUGCAUGUGGUUUGGGCUGGUGCACAUAGUUCAACAGAUUAAAAGUAAAACAGCAGGUAUUAAUACUCCUGUUAUGUAAAGUAUUGGGUAUCCUUGUGCACCUUUUUAAAAGAAUGUGUUGUGUAAAAUGAUUUGAAAAGUAUGUGUGCAUACUGAGAAACCAUAUACUGUACUCUUUUCACUGGUUUGGGUUUAAAUUCAAAACUAUGUAUAUAUAGUGUAUCAUUAGAAG